UGUUUGUUGUAUUUAAGAAUAGAUGAAGAUUUAAUAAAUAUUAUUUAAUUGUUUGGGAAAGAAAAAAAAAGAAAAUUGUGUAAAAAGUAAUAAUUAAAAGAUUUAAUAUUAUUGUAGUACUCUGAUUGUAUUAAAAUCUAUCUUUAUAUACAAAACAAACUUAUUUCAACUUAUAAUAUUAAUGUCAUAUCAGAAAUACAAAUUAAAUUAUUCAUUUUAACUAUGGUAUGAUCAUUUUAUACCAGAAUAAAUAGGAAAAGAUUAUGAAAAAAGUUAAAUUAUUGUUGGAGAAUUUGAUUCCAUACAAUCGUUUUGGAGUUUAUUCAAUAAUAUCCCUAAGCUCAAUGAGCUCUCUAUAGGCUCGUCAUAUCAUUUAAUGAAAUAAGGAAUCAAGCCGCUCUGGGAAGACCCUUUAAAUAGCGAUGGAAGCACUUCUAAGCUAAAAUUAACUUAGAAAUUUGAUGAAAUAUGGAUAGAGACUAUAGUUUUAUGGAUUUCAAACGAAUUCAAGGAUAAUUACGAAGAAGAGUUCAUAAAUGGAAUUUCUAUCACAAAAAAGUAAAAUGAUCUUUACAUUUUAUAGAUAUGGUAAAAUAACAAGGAGGAGCCUGAAGAGUUUUAUGAAACAUGGAAAAAUUGCAUUAAGUAAAACAUUUAAGUGGCUGAUAUACCUUCUUUGAAUUUCAAACUUUGUUUCGAUUCUAUUAGGGGCUUAAGGAGAAAAGGAGCUUAGUAAAAACCAUCCAGGUCCAAUCAAUCUGCACAGCAACCUAUUUCUUUGAAUUAAAAUAACGAUUGAAUUAAUUUUUAAAGUAUAAUUUAUUUGUGCGUCAGAUUAAGUCUGACGUCAGCAAUACUUAAAAUAGCGACGAUUGAUGCGUUUGUGUGCUUGUGAUAAUAAAAUUUCGUUUCAAUUAGAUUAAAACUUAUUUUAAAUGUAUGAAAAAUGACAUUAAUUUUAUCUAUAUUUAUAAUUUGAUUUACAAUUAUUAAG